CGUUCUUCUCUCAGGUCACCCCGUCUUGUUUUCAGUCUAACCGAAAAAAGUCACCCCUCUCCAAGUACUAUUUUGGAUUCUUACAAAACCCUAGCUUAUUCCUUUCAAGAUAACCACCUGGCAAGAUGCAAAUGGAGGGAUUAUCUUUGAUUUGUGCCGGCUUAGGAGUCAUUGAGGAAGACAAAGAUGGAAACAGAAUUGGCUACUCAAAAGAUGAAUACUGUCUUGACAAUUUAAAGGAUUUGCUGAGAUUUUUGAGACGUGAUGAUCCGCAUACCCGAGAUGUGUUCAAGCAAGUCUGUAAAUGGAACAUCGUUUCCAAAGAUUUGAUACCCAUUAUCGAGCACUGCCAAGAAGAUCGCAACUUGCUUUUAAAUGCAGUGAAGGUGCUAGUGUUCAUCACGAUGCCUAUUGAGCCAUCUUCAACACAUAUUUCCCAGCAAUUAGAGUAUCUUUGGGAGUUAAAAGCUUCAAUAACAAGCAGUGAUAUUGUGGCAGUAACAGCCUCAUUUCUGGAAGGCCCCCUCGAGAAUUUGGAAAGUGAUGCAUUUACUGAGGAUGAUUGGAAAUUAGUGCAGCUAGUACUUACUUUCUUUCGAAAUAUCCUGGCUGUUCAAGAAAUCUCGUUGCAACAUAAGUCAGGGGGUUCUGCUAGCCAAUUACUAUCACUGAGAGAUAGGUUUCUGGAACUUUUGUUCCGUGAAAAUGUGUUGGACAUUAUUUUGGUUAUAAUUAAUUAUGCUGGAGGUUCUAAUGCUUUUCUCCGUCAAGAUAACUUGCUCCUUCUGGAAAUUUUACAUUACAUUUUUUUGGGUCAAGAGCCAGAGCUGAUUGUCAGGGCUCAUCUGGAUGGAUUAAAGGCAGAUGAAGAUUCUCAAGUGCCUCUUAAUAGUCUCAAAUCUGUCAUGGAGGAGGAAGCAGAGAAAAGAAGGCGUUGUAGGCUGAACAGUAUGAUUCGGCAUUCACAAUUUAGUGGAACAUUUGCACGGCUUACCAUGGAUGGUUCGAAAGCAGUGUUUAAGGGAAAUCCCAGUUCUUGUAGUCUUCUACACAAGUCACAAAAUGUCACUCGGGGUCCAGCAAAAAAAAUUGCAUGGGAUCAUCCAAAGUUUCUUCCAACAAAAGAUAAGAUAUUGGAGUUGCUUUAUGGGUUUAUCAAUCAAUUUCUGUCUGGAGGAUACAAUGCUUUGAUGCAAUCAAUUCGUGAAGAUGUUGAAAAGGAACACCCUGCAAUUCAACGUGGUGAUGUCAUAGUUUUCUUUGAGGUCGCUGAAUUUGUCACUUCAUUUCAGUUUUACAAGUAUUCAGCUUCUAAGAUGAACAAUGGAAAGGACCCACUUGAGGCUUUUGAUGAUAAAGAUACUCUUGGGACAGAUUUCAAUGGUCAGAUAUGUGGGCCUGUUGCGGCAACCAUGAAUGAGGCGAUGUUUCAGGUGGUCCUUUCAAAGUGGCGUCAUGUCUUUGAUGGUUUAAAGGAAACAAAUGACUACAAGUUUCUAUCAGCAGCUGGUUCUCUCAUGAAGAAUAUGAUUCUUAUGCUGGAUUUGGUUCUUAAGUUAUUGCCAGAAGACUCUAAGGAACCUCAAACAGCUCGGAUCCUUCUUUACAAAUUAUUUUAUGAUCAAACUGAGGAAGGGAUGACUCAGUUUCUCCUGAAUUUGAUGAAAACAUUUGAUACACACAAACAGCCCAGAAGUGAUCUUGCAGAUUUGGUUGAAAUUAUUCAUAAAGUUGUGAAGCUGCUGGAAAACCUGCAGGCUCGUGGAACAUUAAGGGUGUCUAGAAAAUUAAGGAAGGUGAGAAAGAAAAGCUUCCAGGAUAAAAUUGAAACAGGAGACAAACUUUGCAGAGAUCAUUCUUGUGCAGAAAAUGAGGUUGGUGACUCUGGCUCCAAUCAAUUAUUUGAAAAGAAGAUGCCAGACAAGGAUUAUGUGCCAAGCAGAAAUUCUGAUGGUGAAGAGGACUUUGUUGACCCUGAUGAUGAUAGUCAACAUGAAAAAAUUGUUGAAGAAGAUGAUAACUCCCUUGGUAAUUUGGAACAGAUAGACUUCAGAAAUUCUGAGCAUGCUAGUGGGGGCUUGUUACAUGGGACUGGUGAUUUUUCUAAUGAUGAGCAGCAAACUGAAUACAAUGAAGUUGAUUUCAAGGUUUCACAUCUGGUCUCUGCCUUUGCAAAUCACAAUAUUAUUCAGAAAAUAUGUUGGCUGCUCAAGUUUUACAAGAGCAAUUCCCUAGCUACAAAUCAUUACAUAAUAUGCAUAUUGCAGAGGAUCUGUGAUGACCUUGAGCUUCAUCCAAUGCUCUAUCAGUUAUCAUUGCUCACCACAUUUUAUGACAUUCUGUUGGAACAAAGAAAAUGUCCAUCCCAGAAAUAUGCAAAUAUUGUUGAUUUUCUGACCAAUUUGAUUAGAAAAAUGCUGAAAAUGAUGAAAAAACAACCACUUCUUUUUGUGGAUAUUCUUUUUUGGAAGACCCGAAGGGAAUCUCACUACAUGAAUGCUGAAUAUUUGUUGGAUGAGCUUAAUCAUUUGAAGAAAGAGAGUACAAAUUUGAGUUCUAUUCAAGUAGAAAAGUUGUGGACACGUAGAAGCUUGGCAGAUGCACUUGGUGAUGAUGAAGCCGAUGUUGUGAUCACUCAUGACUUGGGAUAUCAAAAUGGGGAGCAGUUGAUAGAAGAUGAAUCAGUAAGGGCUCCAAGACAAAGGAAAAGGCUUCAUCUUGAUGGUGAACUAGAGAGACAAAUAAAGGAUCUAACUGAGAAAUUCAAAGAUGAUCAACAUUGUAGUAGUCGUAUUGCUCAAGUGCUAGAUUCAGAUGGUAAACUUUCAGGUGCUCAAAUUUCCCGUCAGCUUAAAAAAUUAGGGCUAAGCGCACCAAGGAAAAAGACUGGCAAUCCUGGUGAACAUCAUUCAACAAGCACUAGUCAGUUUGAAGGUGAAGGAAGUACAAAGAAAGAUUCUAAUCUUCAUAAAUUAUUGAAUUCUGAGCAAAAUCCCUUGGGGCAGCAUCUGCCAAAAAGAAAGAGAGUACAUGCCUUCAGUGAAGAUCAAGAAUCUCUCAUUAGAGCUCUAUAUGAGCAGUUCAAGGACCAUAGAAGAUGCUGCUACAAGAUAGCCAGUGCACUGGAUAUGGAUGGGAAAUUCACUUCUCGCCAAGUGUUUAGUAAACUUAAGCAGCUUGGCUUAUCUGUUCCUCGGAAGAAGAAUUUGAAAGGCAAUAUGUACGCAAGGGAUGAAGAUCUUCGUGACUCUUUUACAGAUAAAGCAGACGGGUCUGAUGAUGAGAUGCUGGUAUCAUUAAUAAAGAGGAAAAAAAUGCAGAAUGGGAAGAUUUCAUGGGAAGAGUUACACAAAAAUUCAACCAAAGAGAAAUUGUCAAAAGAUGAUUCUGAUGAUGAAAUGCUCUGCUCUGUUCUUAAGAAGAAAAUGGACAACAGUAGUUUUUCAACGGAAAAAUCACUUGAAAAGUCCAGCCAGGCGAACUUGUCAGACAUCAAUGCUGAUGAUGAAAUGCUCGGCUCUGUUUUCAACAAGAAUUGGCCGGGCCUUUCGAACAGUCAUCAAGUAGAAUACCAGCAAGUGCUUGAUGAGUUGAUGGAUUCUGAAGAUGAUGAGGCCGCCAGGGCUCUUCCUGACAAUGCUGUAUGCAGAAGGAAGCUGAGGAUGAUUAUUGAUCCAGAGGAUGUUGACUGAAAUGGAUGCAUGACCAGGGCAGAGGUUCCUUCUCUUUCCAUUAAGCUUCGAGCGACCAUUUUUUGUUUGGUUGGCACAAUUUAAAUUGGAUCAUUUUCUAUAGCAAAGCAAAUAGUCUAGAUAUUAUUUCAAUCUUAACUAGGCAUCUUUUUUUUUUUUUAAGUACACACAGAAUGAUUUUAGAGGAAAGUGACCUGAUUCUGUCAAACUGCCAGCAUUUAUAUUUGCUUGGUGUAUACAUUAUGCUAUGCCGUUUGCUUUUCUUUUUGUUUUUUUUUUUGUUUUGGGGUGGAUACUAUACCGUUUACUUUACUAACUGUAAAAGACAAGCUUCUCUAGCUAUAUAAUGUUUGAUGCUGAUAACCAUUUCACGUGUU